UGUGGUGCGAUCGGCCAGCUCUCCUCUCGGAUCUGACGGCCUCCAACAGCAGCUUCGAUCGCCCUCCGUGCGAGCGUGCUGUCCUUUCGGCGACCCCAAGCGUCACUCUGGGUUUCCACCCCUGCCCGCAAAGACUUCAGCCGCCCAAUGGCAUUACCAAUCGAUUCGCAGAAUGCAACCGACGAGCAGAUGCGGCGUCUCGAGUCGCUGGCACGUAUGAGGAAGAGAAUCUCCCGGCUGUCUGAAAUCAAAAAAUCAAUCUUUGUGGCCUCGCAGAGGCUGGAAAAGGAGGACGCCCUCCUUAACGAAAUCCGCGCCGAGAAGCGGCUGCUGGAGCAGGAGCGGCUGCAGUUGCUCGCAACAGUUGAGCAGCUCGACCAGGAUAUAGCAGAGCUGAGUGCAUCUGAGGACUCGCUGCAGACAAUGCGGACAGAGACCUCCAAACAACUGGACACCCUGCGCGACGACGAGUAUGCUCCGUUAAAGGAGAGGAUCGACCAGGCGCGACAGAAAGUUGGGCUGUCCCGGCUGCCGAAUCUGCAGGAGGAAGUGGAGGUUGAGAUGCUCAGCUACCUCGAGGAGCGGCGGAAUCGGUGGCGAGAGUCCGGCAUACUACAACCCGAUGCGGCUGCUCGCUCGCCCACUGGAACACCUCCUCCAUUGAGCCAGCCAUCGUCUCCAUCGGUAUCGGCGAGAGAGCGACAAGGCAGUCAGUCGAGGUCUAUUCGCAAGCGGAAGAAGUGAGCGGCUCCCAUGCCUGUCCCAUCACAACCACGAUCUCAGCGGCUCGAGGCCCUUUGC